AUGGGUGUGGCAGGGUGUGGCAAUUCUGAGAUUUGGUGGCUGUGCACUACCGCACCGCACCAACGCAUCCUUCUUAUCAAGUAUACCUACAGCAUUGUCCAUGACACUCCUCCCGAGUUCGACGAGUGGGCUCUCAGCGGUCUGACAAAGGAGAAAUGUGUGCAAAAUAAGAGCCUCGCGCGUCAAGGAAAGCGCGAGGCAAUUUCAUUCCAGGCUGAGCCCGCUCAUAUCACACACCCAGUCGCAGGCGAGCACAAUAGCACGCUCAUCCUCGCGCACGUCAAGUACUUCCAUGUACCUUCCUUGGCCGUGGCCGUGGUUCUUUUUGCUCUUCUUCAAAUUCUGGUGCAUACGGAUCUCGGUCACCAUGAUACCAGUGCUCUGGCAGACCCUCAUAUGGGUUCCAUCAGUCUUGGUGCAUGCCAGCGUCUUUCCCCAUUUUUCAUUCCCUGCGGCCAACGAGAGUUCGAACAUUCGUAUACUAAGGUACUCCAGAUCAACGUCUACGUCCGUCGCAGACAGACCUCUAAAUUCAGCCUCUCAAAGGCAUGUCCGAGAGGCGCAUAG